CCCCGGCCGCAGAGGCCGCAGAGCGGGCUGCCCAGCCCGCCCCUCCGCGCCAUGGCCUUGCGCGCCUGGCGGCGCCGCCAGCUGCCCGCGCUGCUUGCGCUCUGCGCGCUGCUCUGCCGGCUGCAGGACACUCUUCAGAUCACCCCUCUGUGUGCCAGUGAGAGGCAUUACAAGCAUCUUGGACGGUGCUGUAACAAAUGUGAACCGGGAAAAUACAUGUUUUCUAAAUGCACCGCUACCUCGGAAAGCAUCUGUCUGCCCUGCGGCCCAGACGAAUACCUGGACACCUGGAAUGAAGAAGAGAAAUGUUUGCUACAUAAAGUUUGCGAUACAGGCAAGGCCCUGGUAGCCGUGGAGCCGGGCAACCGGACGGCCCCGCGGCGCUGCGCCUGCACAGCCGGGUACCACUGGAGCGAGGACUGUCACUGCUGCCGCCGCAAUGCCGAGUGCGCGCCGGGCUUUGGCGCCCAGCACCCGGUGCAGCUCAAUAAGGACACGGUGUGCAAGCCCUGUCUGGCAGGCUACUUCUCCAAUACCUCUUCCUCCACAGAAAAAUGCAAACCCUGGACCAACUGUACCAUUCUUGGAGAGACGGAAGCACGUCAUGGGACUGAUAAAUCAGAUGUGGUUUGUAGCUCUUCUCUGCCAUCUACAAAACCACCAAAUGAACCCCAGACUUACUUGCCCAGUUUAAUUAUUCUGUUUCUCUUCAUAUCUGUGGCAUUGGUUGCUGCCGUCAUCUUUGGUGUUUACUAUAGGAAAAAAGGGAAAGCACUAACAGCUAACUUGUGGCACUGGGUCAAUGAAGCUUGCGGCCGCCUAAGUGGAAAUAAGCAGGAGUCCUCAGGCAAUAAUUUUAGCUGCACUCGGAUGGAAGCGUCUAGUCAGCGUGAAGUUGGUGAGGGUGUCUUACUGCUGACUCUGGAAGAGAAGGUGUUUUCUGAAGAUAUGUGCUGUCCAGACGGUGGUGGUGCCUGUGGGGGUGCAUGUGCUGGUGGUGGUCUCAGCGCCCAGGGACAAGACGCCAGGGUGCUCACCUUGGUCAGCGAGAUCACGGGGGAUCCCUUCAGGCAGAUCCCCACAGAAGACGAAUAUGUGGACAGGGCCCCCCAGACCCCAGACUCUAUACUAUUCCUCACUCAGCCUGGCAGCACAUCUACACCCCCUUUCCCUGAACCCCUGGAGGUGGGGGAGAAUGACAGUUUAAGCCAGUGCUUCACUGGGACAGAGAGCUUGGUGGACUCCGAAAGCUGCCACUUCGCGGAGCCCGCGUUCAGGACUGAUUGGGUUCCCACGUCCUCUGAAAAGUACUUGCUAGAAGAAGUGGAGGGUGGCAACGGCCCCCACUUGGCAGCCAGCCCUAGCUCCACAGAUGGCUGUGCAGGCUGCAGAAGCCCUGCUGGGGAGGACUGGGAACCCCCAGUGGGUUCCCCUCAAAGCGGACCCUUGCCCCAGUGCGCCUAUGGCAUGGGCCUUCCACCUGAAGCAGCUGACAGGGCCGAGGCAGGAGGCCAGCCUUUGGAUGGGGCUGAGGUAAAGCUGCCCAGCUCCAUGAGGGGAGGCCCUGGGUCCGGAGGCCCCUCCAAUGACCAGCCACCUGCAUCAGGAAAUGUGACUGGAAACAGUAACUCCACGUUUAUUUCCAGCGGGCAGGUGAUGAAUUUCAAGGGUGACAUCAUCGUGGUCUACGUCAGUCAGAACUCGCAGGAGGGCCCGGCGGGGACAGGCGGUGGCGCCGGGGAGCCAGUGGGCCGCCCGGUACAGGAAGAGAGCCCGCCGUGCUGCGACUCGUUCGCCGGCCUCGGGCCGCGCUUCCCGGACACGUGCGCCGGCCUCGAAGUGGGGCCGGCGCUGCAGAAGCGCGGCACCCCGGGACACGACAAGGCCUCGCGGCCGGUGCAGGAGCAGGGGGAGGCCAAGGCCCGCGCUUCCGAGACGCGGCGCUGAGCGGCCAGGGACCCGCUGCGAUUCACUGCGCCCUUCGCAACGGCGAUGCUGCGGGGCGGGCGCCGACCUGGGGGCCUUCUGCGCCGCACACGUUGGAAGCCGCAUCCCUACCUGGCUGCACUGUCCGCGCACCUGCUCCUGGGUGUGGCUGAGGGCGGAGCCUGGCUGGGGGCGGGGCGGCGGUCAAUCUGCGCCUUUAGGCCCCUCCAUUCGGUACACCUGAGUCAAAUGACCUGCAGUCUCAAUCCACUUUGCUCUAAAUAGAAUCGAGGACUUUUAAAAAGCGUACAUGUGUUACUACUACUUACAUCCACAGUCACGUAUCAACUAAUUGCACAGGUACACGUUUCUCUGGUUGCUCCACUUUCUAACCUCUUUUAAUAGUUUUUCUCCUUCGCCUUUCACCUAUUACUGUUUCAUCAGCAGUGUGUUUCUAUGACAUCUGUUUUAUGCCUGUCGGUUCUGUUAGUCUGUAUUUCCAGCCCCCAUAUUUGAUAUUUGUUUUUCACUGUCUCUCAUAAUGUUUUAUUGAUACUGCCCCCCUUUUCUUUUUACCAUUUAAUGCCUUUCUUGAAAAUUCUUUUAAGGGUGACGGUCUUCUCAUAUUUUCUUUUGCACCCCUUCUCACAAGUAGUGAGAAGCCUAUGUUUUGGUGAUGGCUUGGAGUGGGGGAAGCAAGGAGUCUUACUAAGCACUUUUGGAAAAAGGCUAGAAAUGCACGUCUGGAGGGAGGCUCUGGGAACAAGAGGAGGGACUUUUAGCUUUCAAACAUUUUCUGAGUUCUCAUUUUUCUAAAGGGAGAAAAAGGGAAAACCCCUUCCCCCUCCCCCCCAAAUGUUUUUAAGUUUGUGUCAAUCUCUAGGCAGCACUAAGUGGAGAUUUAUGUCGUCCUCCUUAAUGCCUCUCAGAAUAGCUCACCCCCCGCCCAGGUGAAUGUAUGUAGUACCCAUUCCAGCAGAGGCAGUCAGGUACCUGAGUCACUAAAUCUCUAAAAAUCCACGUUGCUGCACCCGACAUUCUUUAUUCUUGAUGUCUUCCUGGAAAAGAUGUGGAAAAUGAAUAGGACAUGGGGAUAGCCUGCACAUGCAGUGAAAAGAAGAUGCCAGGGAAGUUCAAAAAAGAAAGAACAAAGCUGAAAUGUUAAGAUACAUGUGUAUCUUUCUGGGUAGGAAUAGCAUUAAUGUGUUUAAGCAGUAGGCCCCAUUUUCCUUCUAAAUAAUUGUGCAUCUGUAAUUUAACCUUGCAGAAGUGGAACGCAUUCCUGUUUUCCAUGUAUUUAAAUUAAAAACCAAAUCCUUAUAUUGUGAACUUAGCAUUUGUCCUAGAGGUGCUUUUCUCUUAGCAUCAGUGUUCUUAUGAGGAAACAUACAAUGUGAGUCAGGUUGAAAGGAAUUACCUGGGAUGUUCUAUCUAUUGUGGUCAGUGAGCACUUGUUCUCAAAUACUAGAGAAAAGUUACCAUGCCUAAGCAUAUUGAAAUUAAUGUUGCCGACCCGGUAGGUUUUUAGAGUGCUGAAAGUGGUCACUCUCCAGACUUUAAUGGCCACAAAUCAGCUGAAGGGAAUGAUUGUUGAUCACUGGUUUCUCUCUUUUGGUUGCCGGUCUCUUAGAAAUGCUAAAAUAGUAGCAGUCAAUUAUGAGUUUUAAUGGAGAAGCAGAAGUGCCUGUAUAAUUUAUAGAGCCUUGGUUGACAUGAAAAACUGCAGGAAAUAACCGCAUUGUGAGGACUAUUCGUUGGUAGGAAUUUACUGUCUGUGCUGCCCUUUUAGUUCACAUCCAUCCAAAGAGAGAUGUUAUAAAAAUGGAAGAAACCAUUAUACCUUUUAAUAUGGAAUAUAUUAAAGUAUAGUUCCUAAAGGGGAAGGCUGAGCUAAAGACCCACAUUUCUACUGUGACUGUCAUCAUCUCACUGAUAUUACUGUACCUUUCUAUGCUUUCUUUUUUCUAUAAAAAAGCACUAAUGACCAUUUUUGACACUUUCCCUACCUAGAGAUAAAAAAGAUACUACAGUGAUUGUUAAAAUACCUUCAGCUCCUUAAAUAAAAGGUGCUAAAUUGAAUACAUAAGAAUCUCCUUUUUGAAAAAGGUAGUGUUUCUUUCCCACACUGAUCCCUACUAAUUCCAUAUUGAUCCACAGACAAUCAAAUGAUAGGAAAUAUAUAGCAAAUACAGGUCCGUGUGUGUAUUAUUAAGAUGUAUAUGACAAAUGUAAACAGAAUGAAAUGAAGACAAUAGUGGAAAACUGGGGUAUGUGAUGAAGAGAUUAUUAAACAUAUUUGAUGGUAAAAAA